AUGAAACCGCGUGCGAUGAAUCCUGGAUUAUGUGUUGAACCAAUGAUUGCGCCGAGUCAAUGGGUUUUCUCACUUUUUGAGAUCAUUUUAUCAUCUGGUGGAUUGAUUUUGAAUAUUGUGAUUACUGUGGUUUCACAUAAGGCAAUUCCAAUGGCUUUUUCACAGAGAAGGAUUUUGGUGAGUCAGGAAAAAUUGAGAAACUAUAUUCACAGGUUACCAAUUAAUUACUGUAUUAAAAGCUUAUCCUUAUGAAUCUAAAGUUCAAAUUAAAAGCACAUGCAUUUUUCAAUUAAACAUAUUUACCAAGAAUUUAGAUUGAUUUUAAUUUUUUCACUCGUGAAGAUUUAAUUAAAAAACUAGCGGAAACAAAUGAAAAAUUCAAAAAAUAAAAUCUUGACAGGGCCAAGUCAAGAUGGAUAAACCUUUCAAUAGGAAUACGAAUUUCGAACAAGAUCCCCAAACAAAAAUAAAGUUCAGAAUUUCAAUAUUAGACACCAUAAACCAUCCUAAUAUCAUCUAACAACCCCAUUUCCCAUUUUCCAGGCAUCAAUAUCAAUAAAUUUUGCACUUCUCUCUGGUUUUCAAUUAGCACGUCAUUUUUUCCUAUUUCUCAUUAUCAAAAAUCCAUGCCUCAAUCAAGUAACCACUAUUUCUUGCAAACUCCAAGAAUUUCCAUUAUUAUUUUGUUAUAUUCAUUGUGCAGUAGCGUUUUUGCUGUUAGGUCUUCAAGCAAACUGUUUGAAAAUGUGAGUGUGUGGAAACUUUAAGAUCAGCUACAAAUUUCGAUUUUUCAGAAAAGAUAAAGAUAAACGUCCUAUUACUUGGUUCCUUUCUUGUUCCGUUUGGCAAUCGACUGUGGCUGCAAUCUGUGUUGCGAUAACUAUGCUUUUUACAGCAUUUGAUCAAGAUCCUGGCAAUAUUUCAAUGGCAAAGGUACUUAAUAUAUUUCUGGAUAAUUCUAGCUGAAAUAUUUUUUCAGUGUUCAAUUCUUCUUGCUGUCACCCAAUCUUACCUCACAUUUGGCCUCCUUACACUUCUCAUAACUUGUCACUUUUUAGGAUUUUUAUUUAUCACAAUUGCAGCUAGACGUCAAGAAGAUAAGUGAGUCAAUUUUUUUUGUUGAUAAUAAUUUUCUUUUGAAUGUGAGUUUUUUUAGGAAAAGUUGGAUAACAUUCACAGUCAUCUCAUUAAAAGAAAUAAUUCAAUUUGAAACGAUUGCUUGGCAAUUUGGAUUGUUUAUUUCUGGAUGUGUUGUAAUUUAUAAACAUGUUCUCAGAGACACCUGUGAGGAAGUGAGUUUUUUUUUCGAAAAUUUUCAUUUGGAAUAGGGAAAAUGUAAAAUGUGAUUUUUAGUGUGCUAUUGUGGUUCUGGAAAUAUCUUUCGUCCUAAUCCCACUCAUCAUUUCAUUUGUUCACCCACUCUACUUAAUUUGGUAAGUCAUGGUCUGGGAAUUAUAAAAUUGAAAGACAAGACAAUAAAAAACCAUGAAUUAGAGAAGAAAAAAAGGAGAGGGUUUGUGGAUGAUCUCAAGAGAGAAAGGAAAAGGUUUUCAGAAAAUUUGAUAAUAAAAUCUGAAAAUUUCAAUAAACAUAUGAAAAGUGAUAAUAUUUUCUAUAGCUGGAGAUUAGCUUAUUUAUAAACAUUUUCAAAAUGAAGUUGACAUUUUAAAAUGAUUUAACAUCAAUUAUGAGCAGAACAAAUGCCGUCUAAGUUCCGUCCGAUUAAUUAUUACCAAAAGCAAAAAAAUUGUCGGAAACUCUCUAAGCGUUUAUAUAAUUUUCGAAUAGUUCAGUGAUGAGAGGGGGUUUUUGAAGUAUUGUUUUCCAUACGUAAUCAAAAUCCAAAUUCCAAAGAUAAUAUUCAAAAUGUUCUAUAUUUCCAGGUACGUUCUACCAAUUCGAGAUGCAGCAACUCGUACUUUUCCUUGCAUUUUGACUGUUCUCCCAGAAUAUUCAUUAGUUCCACCAACACUUCCAUCAGCCAGCACUUCUGCAAGUAAGACCUCUUCUCCUCGCAUUUUUCCCCAGAAUAUCAUGAUUCUUUUCCAGCCUUCCCUCUUCAAAGUCCUCGCACAGAAACCACAGUAAGUAGCGAUUUCGAAAUGCGAACCAAUCAAAAACCAUUAGAAAAACCAAGAGUAGUUGUAGAUGAUAUCGAAUGGUCAAAUGAAUAA